AUCUUAAGCUUAUUUUUGUCAAAUACUUGCACGAAUGGUUCUAGUGAAGACGAUUAGUAAAUUUACGAAUCAAUGAUUGUUCAUUAGUGAAAAAGAAUACUUGUAAUUACAACAAUGAAAGCAGUGAAAGUGUUGUUUGCACUAAGUGUUCUAAGCUCUUUUUAUUGCAGACAGGUUACACCCGUUCUUCAAGCAGCUGUAGAAGUUGUUUCAUUUGGAAUAGACGUUUACUCGUUCUUUGAUUCAAUAUUAGGGGAAGACGAGGAUAAAAGUCCACCACCGCCUAUCGAAUAUGACAGAAUAAUUAACAGAAUAUCAGAAAAAAUUGAAGCGUCAACAGACACUGUUGUAUUCAAGAUUGAACUUCAGUCAUACAUCUCAGAAUUACGUGAUGUUGCACUGACUGUAAAACAACUGCUUGCCGAGAUGAUGGACAUAGUUACAGCAAAAUCUAAAGAGAAAAGAGAAGAAUAUCAGAGACGAUUUCGCGGGAAUUAUAGACAGCAUCAAACAAAAUUGUAUAGAAUAAAAAAUCUUCUUGCUUUCAAAAUUGAUGUGUCUGGAAUUUCAAAUACAUUAUUGGCACUUAUUGCAAAUGAGUUUGAAUGUGGGAUGACAAAACUUGAGGAAUUUCAGAAUUACUAUAUGACUUUGGUUUCUGAUGUUGUUGCACUCUCUCUUUUAAACGAAAGACUUGAAGAAAAAAGUCUUUAUAAUGACACAUUAGCAUCUUGGAAAACUGCAACAAGAUCUCUGUAUACAGACUUUGAAAAGCAGAAAAGUAACUGUAAAGCAAAGUUCUUUGGAUUAAUAAAGAAAAAUUUUGACAAAAUAAAUGAUCCGUCGCAACUGUAUCAAAGCAACCAAAAUCGGUAUCCAUACAAAGCAACCGAUGUUCUGUUUCUGAGCGGAAGCUAUUGCGUUUGGAAUCUGAAGAACUAUAACAACAUCUUAAAAAAGAUGCAUGAAAGAACAUUUACAUAUGUUGUAAUAAACGAAAAUAAAAACGAGGCAGCCCAUAGCAGAGAGCAAUAUCUGAAAAUAACAUCAACAACACAAUUUAGGGAUUGCUUGGAGGACACUGGCAAAAUAAUUUCAUAUUUCGACGUUUUAGGGGAAGAUUUGAUUUUUUGGCUCAUGUUUCCUCAAGAUAUAUCAGACAAAUUCAGAAUUCUUCUUGAUCAAAAUUCGACUGCUAGCCAGAUAAACCAUGUACAAGACGGUACAGAAUACACAACAAUAUUGUAUGUACGAGCACAGGACAUUGAAGUCAACUCUACCCUCACUUUAGCAGACUUUGAUACCGUCUUUAAUGAAGAUACAGUUGAAGAACCCUCUGGCCUAAAAACAUGGCAAUUUUGGGCUAUAAUUGGAGGCUCGGCUCUAGUUUUGAUAAUUACCAUUACAAUUAUUGUAGCAAAGAUUUACAAAAAAUGUCGUGAAUCACGUUUUGAUUACUGAAGGAGGGCCAAGUCAGUAUAACAAUUUAAUCAAUAAAUCGUGUAAAGGAUCGCUUGGGUGUGCUGUGAACAAUUUUAUAUACAUGUAUUAUAUAAUUUCAUCUUACAAGCAAAUUGUGAAAAACAGUCACCUUACAUAGGAAUACACUUUUUCUUCUAUGUACUGAGACUACAUGCAGGUCAUUAAAACUCGUAAUUCGUCAAUUUUUUCUAGUGCACUUCAAGCAGCAUGCCUCCAGAUUCAUACUUAUUUCCUGAUUAUUUUUCCUUUUCUUAAAAUCUUUGUACAUUUUUCUCAAGGUUGAUUUUCUUGAAAUAUUUUGGCUCAUCUGCAGGCAUACAGCUUUAAAAUUAUUCCUCUGUCGUUUCGCCAAGACAAGUAGAUUCUAUUUGAUGUAUUUACCAACAUCUUUGAAACUAAACUUGAACGUACUGGUACAUUAUUUUAUAUCUUGUACACCAAACAACUGACAUAGAAGCCCAAGAGAAAAGCGCUAUAGUUUACAGUUGUAUUGUAUCCAAUCAUAUAACUUGUCUUACUUGAGCUCGAUUUGGAACUUUACAUAGCCUAAUCAGCAAUAAUGAUUAAUAAAAAUGAUAUCUUCAAUAUAAAAUAUAAAAUAAUUUUUUAAUCAAGAAACUGGGACGCUACAAGGGGCAAUAUUAAAAGAAAAACUCUAUCAAGACACCGCUAAAGGUGACACUUAUUGUAUUAAAAAGCCAAUUUCGUUACAAAUACUUAACUGCAUAAACAUAGAAUAGAAAAACAAAACAAUAAUGUUUUUGUUUAGAACUUGGAGCACCUGUAAAUGAAGGGGAAAACACUAAGGUCUAGAUCACUGAGCUAGAGAAUUGCUUUCCUGAUUUAGUUACUAUUUUUAAAAUUGUAUUAAACGGUUGUACUAAUUUGUAACCGAGUCAUCUAUUUUAUAGUUUGUCAGUACUUCAAGGUACAGGACAAGAUUUAUAUCCUGAUUACAAAUCAAAAUAAACAGAUGAUUACAAUGUUGACAGAUACAGAACUCAGACAAUCACAGCAAAACUCGCUAGAUAAAACGAGACACAGUGCAUGUACUAUCUCGGACAACUAUUUGACACUCAUAGGAAGAGUUCGAAGAUUAAGUACAAAAACACAAUUAUAAAAAACAUGUGACAGCCUCUUUGUUGAGCCUUUGUCAGGAUAACGAACCUUACUUGCAACAACGGUGUUGAUAUCCGGCCUGCCUCACAAGUGAGGUAUUAUCGAGGAUAUAUCUUGUUAAUUGGUAGCCGAAUUGUGCUUAUCUCUUUUCAGACAGCUUUGAUAAUUUGCUUCGUUCUAUGAUGUUGCUGGUGUUAUUUUUGUUCCGUAUUCCCUAAAUUUACCAGAUAUUUCAGUUCAUUCAACUUUGGUCUUAUUUGCAUUAUUUAGUGUACUUCAUUAUUUGUUUCCGAACACUGUUAUCUAUAAAAUAUACAGAGUGCAAAUCGAAGUUAAAAAGUUGUUUUGGAAUGCUUUCGGGUGUUUUGUUUUAAAACUAUUAAUUAUCUAGUAAAUAGAUUUUAGUAGUGAAAUUAACUAAGAUGAAAAUAUUGAUUUUUCAAUCAAUAUCUUAUAUGAGGAAUCUCAGGGAUUGUACCGGCUUGUUAUAAAUCUUAAUAGAACUUCAUAAUGCUUCCGUCCACGCCCACAAUCAUAUGCUAAGUUCAUACAGUAGAGUGUCUCAGUGGUCUCAAACAUUUCUGAAAUAUCAUUUUUGUACUGUUCUAUGCUAUACAAAGAGAUAUAAUUUGCAUUGCGAGAAUGUUAGAUUAUUGUGAUCGUGUACCCCUAAGACACCAGCUUGAGGGAACGUCAUAAGUUCUCUUUUGAAUGAUACAGCAUAAAAGAUGACCAAGGUAGCAUCAAAAUGACAAAUCGAAGGAAACCCUGAGCAAUGAUGAAUAACUUACAGUUAUAUUGAAGACGGAGAAUUUUGAAUUCUAAAUAUCGCUUUAUCUUUUGUUUUCAUAAUAACAUAGAUAAACGAUACAGUUUAUCAAGGAAGACAAAUACAAAUUUAGUUCGUAAGUAAAGUAAUGUAAGUAGGAUUCGAACUUAAGACAAGAUAAUUUGAGGCUUUGAAGUAUUCUUUUAUUAUGAUAUCA